GCAGCAGCCUUCAAAAGAUCCUUAAGAGGAAGCAGAGUCUUCGGGUUCUUAGAGGGAAGGCUUGGUGAUUCGAAAAGAAAAAAAUCACAGUGGUCAGGAGAGGGGAAUUUUAAUCCUCUGGCCAAACGACUGUGUAACCUUGGACCAGUGUUCUACCCUGGGUAGCUCCGUCUGCACUAUCAAGUUAAAAAUUACACAAUGCUUGUACGGAAGCUGCAACAACAAGGUUAGUCUCUCAAAAUACUACGGAAGGAUGACCGGUUUGGUUUUGUGUGAACCAACAGAGCUUUAUAACAUCUUGAAUCAAGUCACAAAACUAUCCAGAUUAACUGAACCCAACUACCUCUGUUUAUUGGAUGUGCGGUCCAAACGGGAGUAUGAUGAAAGCCACGUGAUUACAGCACUCCUUGUGAAGAAGAGGGCAGGCAAAUAUCUAAUCCCGGAGUCUGUGGAUCUGGAGUGUGUGGAAUACUGUGUGGUAUACGAUAGCAGCACCAUCUCCCUGGAGCUAAUGCUGGAAGACGACAGCAGGGAUGACGGCAGCGCUGACGACCGCAAGCACAGACUAGUGCUUGGAGCGGCUGUUGAGUGUGGCAGAGCCCUGACCCACCUCACGCGCCACCCCAUCCUUAUCCUGAGAGGAGGCUACAAGCUCUUCUCGGCCAUGUAUCACUUCUUCCGGACACAGAAGAUCAUCUGGAUGCCUCAGGAACUGGAUGCCUUCCAGCCAUACCCUAUUGAGAUAAUGCCAGGCAGGAUCUACCUGGGAAAUUUCAAGCAAGCCUGCGACCCUAAAAUUCAAAAGGAUUUGAAAAUCAACGCACAUGUCAACAUCUCCAUGGAGACAGGGCCAUUUUUUGUAGGUGACGCCGACAAGCUUCUGCACAUCCAGAUAGAAGAUUCCCUGGAAGCAAACAUUACACCCUUUUUACGCCACCUCUGUCACUUCAUUGAUAUUCACCUGGAGCUCAACUCCGUCAUCCUAGUCUUUUCCACCUUGGGCAUCAGCCGCAGCUGUGCAGCCAUCCUGGCCUACCUUAUGCAUUGGAAUGGGCAGACCCUGAAGAGGUCCUGGGCCUACCUCAAGAAGUGUAAAAACAACAUGCGUCCAAAUCGCGCUUUGGUGGCUCAGCUGUCAGAGUGGGAGAAGGUUGUCCUCGGAGACAUCGUCACGGACAUCCAGAAUCCACCCUACUGAUUCUGUGGUCCAGCUAUGGGGCCAGAAGAACCUGACUUGGGGGCUUUUUGUGGGUAGUGGGCCAGGGUGUGUAACCGAGGAAUAAGAAGGCCUUUGCUGCCUGGAGCCUC